AGCUGACCUCGCCUUGACACUCUAGACCCCUUUCAACACGUCGGAUCACGCUUUCAAGACUCUCCAUAACGAUACUGCCCGGCCACCUCGUUAUCUCCUGCCACGAUAGCUCCCGACAUGUGACGAGCGUGAAUUUGGAACGUGGAAUGCUCGGACGCUAUUCUUCCAUCUUGCACUCCGGAAUGCAAACAUCGCGUCAAUUGUCGCACAAUGUGCGAAACCCUCCCUGGAAACCCCCCAAUGAGAUUUCAGUGAUCCUCGCGUCAGUCAUGCAAUUUUCACUUGCCGGUUUGAAGUGCACCUGCAUGGACCGCCGAGGUCACACAUUCCUCCCUUGCCCAUCCAUGUUCACGCGUUCGCCACUCCCUUACCUACACCACAUAUAUACCACUCUCUGAACUCGGUAGUAGCUUCUUCAUUGUCUUGAACUCUCACCACUUGUCACUCUUUACCACGCUUAUCAGCGUCCGGAGCAAUCAUGUCUCCCACCAGCUCUCGAGCAGCCAUUCGUUUUGUUGUUGCGCUUUUCCUCGCGCAGACCUUUGUCAACGCAGUCGCCGUCCCCCAUCCUCACAUCCACAAGGUCCUCGACCCUCGCCAAGUGGUUUCCCUCCCGUUUGUGGAGCGCCAGGAGCCAGCAGAGCCCGAGUCCAAGAAUGUCUUCGAUGCCAUCGUCGAGACGCUGAAGGGCUACAACGGAUGGCAGGUCUUCCAGGACUUCUUCAGGAAGCUCUUCAGCGGAGACCCGCCUCCUGCUGAGAACGACGAUGACAGCGGCGAAGCACCAUCCGUUUCUGUCUCCCUCGCCCCGGUCCCAGUGGCCUCCGAAUCCCCCGUCGACGUGAUCAGUGUCAUUGCGAGCAUCAUCAGCGAAGUUGAGAGCGUCACCGAGCCCGUCGUGAUUGUCCCUACCCCUACAGAGGCCGAGACCAGCACUACCGACGGAAUAAUGUCUAUUCUGCCCAUCUUCCCCAUCACCACUGCCAUUGAUCUCUCCGGUGCCCUGGAGACCGUCGUCCCUACUGAGUUCCUCUCCGAGCUUCCUGAGCCGACUGAGGUCCCAGAAGUGACUGAUCCGGUCGUCAUCGUUGUCCCAGGUGCUAACUCGACUGACGUAGUCGUUGUUCUGCCCACUGACGUCGUCGCCCCUAUCGGAACUGCUCCUCUCGUCACUGGCCCAGUUGUGGUUUUGCCCACUGCUACAGACGCCCCCUUCCCUAUCGAGAACGGCACUCUUGUUGCUCCUAUCCCCGGCACCGACGUCCCCGUUGUUAUCGUCCUCCCGACUGGUGUCCUUCCUUCCGAGAUCUCGGCUCCCGUCGAGGCUAACGUCUCUGCUUCUGCUGUCAUCGACGCCACUGUCAGCCUGACCACCACCGUUGGCGUUACUAUCACUGCUAUUGCACCUAUCGGUACUGGUGCCCUCCCUUCAGCUGGUACUGGUCUGCCCAUUACAAUUUCCGAGGUUGGAGCUCCCUUCGCCAACGCAACUGUCAUCACCCCUACUCUUGUCCUUGUCACUGGAACCGGCGACGUCGUGGGUACGAUUGCUCCUUCCGUCUCAAUUGAGCCCAUCGGCGCGCCUUUCGCCAACUCUUCUGAUGCUGCCACCGCUGUCGCUUCUGUUGGCACCGCUCCCGUCGUUAUAAUCGGCACUGGCGCGAUCAGCGGUACCGCAGUUGUCUCGAUUGAGCCCGUUGAGACAAUCAUCCUGAGCACCGGGACCGGCAUCGUUGGUACCGGCGAGUCCACCGCUGUUGCACCCAUCGACACUGCUGUUCCCUUCCCCAACACUACAGCUAUCGAGGUUGUCAUCUCGCCUACUUUCGUUCUCCCUUCUGGAACUGCUCCCGUCGUAGGCACAAUCAGCGCCGCACCAAUCGUCAGCGAUGCCUCUGAUGCUCUCUACGCCAACACGACCACGACCACAGUCACCAACAUCGUGACUCCCUCCGCCAUCCUCGCCACUGGUAUCGAGACCGCCGUCGCCCCCAUCGGCACAGGUCUGCCCGGCACCAUCGUCGUCGUCCCCGGCCCAGGAAGCACCGACGAUGCAUACUUCCCCAACAUCACCAUCACCAUCAACGCAACGGCCGACGCCACGCUCUCCGUCGAGCUCCCCCUCGCCACCGCGCUGCCCGUCGAGACAACGCUCCCGCUCAACAUCACGCUCGCGCCCAUCGCGCCCGUUGAGACCGAGUUCCCCGCCUCGCCCAUCGAGACCAUGACAGCCGUCGGUCCUGUCAUCGACGAGCCUAUCCCUUCAGACGCGCCCGUCGUCGAGUUCCCGGGCCUCCUCGCCCUGCGCGGCAUCUGCCGCGACCCCAGCGUCCGCCAAAUCACCCUGCCCAUCCUAAACCGCUUCUACGGCCCCAGCGCGUACCCCUCGCUGCUCGCAUUCCCCGGCUGCCACGCCCCAAACAGCCGCCAAACGAUCCAGGCCCCGGGGCUGCUGAACUGCACCGCACUGGGCGCAGAAGUGAAAGCGUGCCAAGCCAGUCGCCGCCGCGUGCUGCUCAGCGUCAAGGGCGACGGCCUGGGCGCCGUCGCGGGAAACCAGAACUUCGGCGACCCGAGCGCCGAUGCUGCGCCCUGGGGUGGGUAUUUCGCCAACGGCAGCGCGCCUGCGGCGGGUGUGUUCUUUCCGAAUCUGUUCGAUACGCGACACGUGCCCAGCGCGUUUGCGCUCACGCUCUUCAGCUUGUUUGGCGAGGGCCGCACCGAGCGCGCCGACCUCAGGCCCCUGGGUCCCGACACGCCAUCUGAAGACGGGAUCACAUGGGUUACCAAGCCGCUGGGCGAGGAGGUUGUUGUCGACGGGUUUGAUGUGCAGGUCCCGCGGGAGUGGCAGGGGACGUAUCAGGAGGGCCAGUUUAACGACCUUGUUACCAGGCUGGGGGAACUUAAUGAUGAGGCGUGGGUGCAGAGUGGGGCCAAGAGGGGUGGGCCAGGUGAUCUGGGCGUUGCUGGCAAGAGUGUUGUGUUUCAGGGAUGGAAUCGCAAGAGGAGUGUGCAGAGGGUGGUGAUGGUGGGUGGAUUUGAGGUUCUUGUUGAGUAAGGGGGAAGAAGGAGAUGUCCCUGUGUCGGGUUGUGAGAGGAUACGCCGAACGAAGAAAGAGAGGAGAGAUAAUGUGUGAGGGGGGAUGAGGUUGUUGGGUUCGGACGACCAUACUUGACGACUGUGGAUGGACAGAACUUAGCUUUGAACGAUAGCAAUGUACUCGGUGUUGUCGGAGCUUCGCUGUACGCGCAACUUAUUUCUUGAUCACUUGCACUCAGCUGAAGCUUUC